UUUUUCCUGACUGUUUCUCCGGAGUCGAUCCUCAAGGUGGCAAAGCACGCUUCGGAAAACAACAAAAUCUUCUGCAUGAACCUCUCGGCACCGUUCAUCAGCCAGUUCUUUAAAGAGCCCCUGAUGAAGGUGAUGCCAUACGUUGACAUCUUGUUUGGCAAUGAAACGGAGGCGGCCACAUUUGCCAAAGAGCUGGGCUUUGAGACAGAUGACAUUGCGGUGAUUGCGCACAAGACCCAAAACCUCCCCAAGGAGAACAUAAAGAGGCAGCGAUUGGUGGUCUUCACCCAGGGCAAAGACGACACCGUCGCUACUGUUGGUGACAAAGUGACCAUGUUUCCUGUUUUGGACAUCGACCAGAAUGACAUUGUGGAUACCAACGGAGCAGGGGAUGCUUUUGUUGGAGGAUUCCUGUCUGCGCUGGUCCAAGAACAGUCACUGGAGGAGUGCAUCCGGGCCGGACAUUACGCAGCCAACGUAAUCAUCAGACGGGUCGGAUGCACCUUCCCAGAGAAACCGGAUUUUCACUAAUGGAUCCGAACUUCCAUUCCCACAAGAUGCUUACUGUACUCUUCAGGGUUUUACUUGCAUUUUUUUCUAUUUCCUUUGACUGACAUUAUGAGACUAAUUGCUGCAGCUUGACUGUUUAAUCAAGCUAUAAUAUGCAACUGAGAUAUUGUAAUGCAGAUCAAACAAGCUACUAGCAUCACUAGGUGUUUAUGUGAAAAGACGCAUUUUGGCAGAAACUGCGAUUUGAGAAUCAAAAACUGAAUGUCUGGAUAGUUGACAAUAAGUUUGAAUCAGUAACAUAGAUUCUAUUAUGGUCUGUCAUCCAUCAUCGUGAUGCACAGACUUGAAGGUGGUUUACAAAAUAAUAUAAAUGUAUAGAAGAACCUGAUCAAUGCCUCCAAAGUGCGUCAUACUGUGGGAACAUCUCAAGAGUUUCUUUGUAGAGUGGUUCUAAAAAUGUUGUUUCUUGCACCCUUAUUUCACCAACCUGUGACCACAAAAUGCUAAGGAACAAACAGCCGUAAGAUCCACUUCCAACUAUUGCUCAGUAAUUUUAUGUACAGUUAUAUUUGCCAGUAUAUCUUCUGUCUUUGAGUUUUUGAGUCAUGAGGAGGUAAUAGUUAUGCAGAAGAGGUAUAUUUACAGUCCUCUCCACAUUCAUUGGCCCCCCUGGUGAAAAGUUGUAAAGCCCCUUGAAAUAAAUGUAUUGCAGUAGCAUAAUCUCACACAAUAUCCCACCCUAAAUUCACUGAGUUACUGUCUUGUGAACCAUUUUUUGUUGAUUUUGGCUGUGCUGUGUAUGGAUGUACUGCUAAAAGACCCAAUGUCUAUCAAUUUUCAGUUGUCUGGCAGAGCCCCCAGAUUUCUGUGUAGAAUUCCCCGCCUGAUAUUUCAAGGAGUUUAUGAUUUUCAUCCACUCUAACAAGGUUAACGCCAGGGUAACAGGAAGGCUUGGAUAGCUAAUUAAAAGUUUAAAAGCAUAAAUUGGAAAAAAAAAUAUAGAAAUGUUUACAUGUACCGAUAGGUCUGGCACUGCUGAUUUUUUUUUUUUUUUAAACAAAUAUUCCCCAACAUUGGACAUGUUUUUAACUGCUGAACAAAUGUACUGAAAUUAAAGAUUGAGAUUUUUUUUAUGUCGCAGUGUAAGAUUAUGCUGCUGCAUCAACAGA